GUGAUGGCUGUCCUUUCGAGAUCCCCCGCCCGGAUGUCACCUACCCCAUCCGCUUCUACGGUGAUGUGGAGGAAGUGGAGGUUGAUGGCCAGAAAGUGUCCAGGUGGGUUGGCGGGGAGAUUGUGCAAGCGAUGGCAUACGACAAUCCAAUUCCUGGAUUUGACACCUUCAACACCAACAACCUCCGACUGUGGCGUGCUUGCCCUUCCAAGGAGUUCGACCUGAACGCCUACAACAGCGCGCAGUUUUCCGAAGCCAUUGAUCAAAGAAGACGAGCCGAAGAUUUGUCCGCCGUCCUAUACCCCAAUGAUGCCACCUACGAGGGAAAAGAGCUUCGGCUUCGCCAGCAGUAUUUCUUCGUGAGUGCAUCGCUGCAGGACUUGCUCCGUGACUUCAUCAAGCGGCCAAACUAUGAGUGGUCUGAGUUGCCUGAGAAGGUGGCCGUGCAGAUGAAUGACACCCAUCCAACCAUUGCUGUCGCGGAGAUGAUGCGCUUGUUGGUUGACGUGCAGCAGAUGGACUGGUAUGAGGCAUGGGACCUUACCAGGAAAUGCCUGAACUACACCAACCACACCGUCAUGCCCGAGGCCCUAGAGAAGUGGCCAGUGGAGAUGAUGGAGAGGCUUCUGCCCCGCCAUGUGCAGAUCAUUGGUGAGAUUAAUUGGGUCUGGAUCAACCAGCUGAUGGAGAGGUACGGCGACGGGCCCAUCAUUCAGGCGCUGAGCAUCUUCGAGGAGGGCGACGAAAAGAAGAUCCGCAUGGGCAACCUCGCCAUCGUCGGAGCCAACAAAGUCAAUGGUGUGGCUGCCAUUCACACUGAGAUCAUCAAGAAGGAGACGUUCCCUGAGUUCUACCAAUGGUGCUGCGACAAUGGCGAGCCAAGCAGGAUUGUGAACAUGACCAACGGCGUUACGCCUCGCCGCUGGGUACACUGCGCCAAUCCUGCACUCAGCGCCAUUUUCACCAAGUACCUGGGCUCCCAGAAGUGGUUGACCGACAUGGACCUCCUCAAGGAGAUGCUCAAGCACAAGGAAGACCCCAAGAUACACGCAGAGUGGAUGGCCAUGAAGCGUGGGUGCAAGGCAAAGUUGGCCGAGUGGCUGAAGGAGACCAUGGACCUGGAGAUCGAUCAGGAUGCCCUCAUUGACAUCCAGAGUCCAGGCAGCAAUGUGAAGCCCUUGAUGUCGUCCCAGAGCUCUGGGGCAAGAGCGAACGUGGCACGCAUGGCACGCGUAGCAUUACGGCCCAGACAACCACCACCAUCACUGGCCCAUCACUGCUGCUCGCUGCGACACGCAAUGACGUCCUCCUGCAAAGCAGUGGAUGCAUGGAUGCAGCAUCCCACGAAGAGAUUCAUGACUGACGACAUUUUCACGUCAUUGCUGCGCUGGAAUCGCAUGGAUCCUGCCCAGUUCCAGCAAGAUGGACACCCGGUCUACUCGACGCAGAUGUCUUUGAGCAGCAUGGAUUCAGGAUUUGUGGAGACAGGCCUUAUUUCCGCUUGGUACAGCCCGCAGGGGCCAAUGAUCACCAACGAGGAUGUGCGACAGGCCUGCGAGUCCCAUCCCGGAUGCUUCUUUGGCGUGGCUUCUGGGGACAUCAGGAAUCCUGUGCGCUGCGUGCAGGAGAUUCGGGAUUAUGUCCAGAACCAUGGCUUCGUGGGAGUCCGAAUUCUGCCAUGGUUGUGGCAGAAAUACGCAAACGACCCACUCUUCUACCCAAUCUACACUGCUUGCGUGGAGCUGGGUGUGCCCCUUUGCUUGCAGGUAGGGCAGACGGGUCCCAUGCGGCCCAGCGACAUGGGCCGCCCAAUCCCGUAUUUGGAGCAAGUUUUGCUGGAUUUCCCCGACUUGGUGGUGGUGGCCGGACACAUCGGUGCCCCAUGGUUAGACGAGAUGCUGUUCCUGGCUGGCAAGUUUCCGAACCUGUACAUUGACACGUCCGCCUACCUCCCAUCGCGCUAUCCACGGGAACUAGUUGAGUACAUGCGUGGGCGCGGUGCCAAGAGAGUUCUCUAUGGCUCCAACUACCCGAUGAUCCAGCAUCAGGCCAUCCAAAAGCAGUUGGCUGAUUUGAAGCUGGAGCCUGACACGAUGCAGCUGUUCCUACGCCACGAGGUGAGAACGCGCAUCGUGUAUUCCGCUUGCGAGCUUCGCGUCUUUAGUUCGACUGUUGACUGCUUGGGUCGGAUCAAGCGCAUCCAUGAGUACAAGCGCCAGCUGCUCAACAUUCUGUUUGUCAUCCACCGCUACCUUCACCUGAAGAAAGCAUUGCCCGCUGAACGGAAGCAGUGUCAGAAGCGAGUUGUGCUCAUCGGCGGCAAGGCAGCCUCGGCGUAUGUCAAUGCAAAGAUCAUCAUCAAGCUGAUCAACAACGUUGCGAAGGUCAUCAACAACGAUCCCGAGACUUCGCCGUAUCUCAAGCUUCUAGUGUUGGGCGGUUUCAUCUUUGUCGCUGUGCCGUAG